AUGGGCGAUAGUGUUUUAGAUAAAAGUUAUGUUUCCUUGCAAAAAAUAAGAAGUUAUAUUGUUAAAUUAAAUUACGAACGGCGCAAAACUCCAAUUUUUGACCAAAAACUCAAUGAGGCAAAAGCCAUUUACUUGGAAGUAAAAAGAGAAGUAUCCUCGAUUAAUCAAAAAAUAGACAACUCUGAACUUGAUGACUCUGAAAUCCGCUUAGUUAACGAAUUACUAGUAAAAAUUAAUAAACUUUAUGACGAGAUUCUAAAUUUUAAAGAUAAGCAAACCGAAGCAGCAGAAAUGGCUUCAUUUGAUCUUAAAGUUGCUGUUAGUUUGUUACCAAUUAUGGAUGAUACCGAGAAUACUACGCAAAAACUUAUCGACGCAAUAGAACUUUACGAUUCUAUGCUUAAUAAUGAAGGUAAACCUUUAUUAAUUAAAUUUGUUCUGAAAACUAGGUUGUCAAACAGUGCAAAGUUGAGACUUAGUACUAGUUAUAACUCAGUAAAUGAUCUAUUGGGUGACAUUAAAAAGCACUUUUUAACUAUUAAAUCUGAUAGUGCUUUGCAAUUGAAGUUAUUUCGUUCUAAACAAGGCGAUAAAUCUAUUGAAAGUUUUGGAAAAGAUUUGGAGGAGCUAUUCGUUAAUUUAACAAUAUCUCAGGCAAAAGGAGAUGAAAAUGCUUACAACGUAUUGAAACCAAUAAACGAAAGAGCCCAGUGUGCACGCAAUUCCAAUGCUAAUAUACAGGAAGCAGAGGAAACUACAAAUGUUUGGCCUGAUCAACCAGAUAUUGUAGAAAUACUGAAAAAACCUGAAAAUAGUAUCGAAUUAAUGCCAGCCUCAGAAAAAGGUCAGAAUAGUCAACAAAAUGAUCAUGAUGAAGAAGCAAAAAAUAAUGUUGUCACUCCAAAUCCAAUUUUAAACUUAAGUUCAGAAAAUAACUUUAACAGCUACGAUAAUCCAUCAAUAAUUGAAGAACUUGGGGCUGAGGAAAUGCCACGUCAGCGUCCAAAUACAUCAGAUACUAUUUCAUUAUUUUCAACAGACCCCGGUAUUUAUUUGACAGUGGCUUUUACAGAAGAAAUACGUGAAUUGUGGAUUCGUAAAGGACCAGAAGCUUCUCCAAACAAAAAUUAUGACUUCUCAGAAGCUUCUAGAAGUUAUAAGGAGUCGAGCGGUAAAGGAAGAACUUCAUACUUGUCAGCUAAUAUUUGCAAUGAAUUUAUUGAUAUUAUGGCAAAGCAAGUCCUUUUGAGAAUUGUAUGUGAGCUAAAAGCAGCCAAGUAUUUCUUAAUUAGUAUUGAUUCGACACCUGAUCUAUCCCAUAUAGAUCAGUUGACUUUUAUUGUUCGAUAUGUUAGGAACGCAAGUCCAAUUGAAAGAUUUCUACAAUGUAUACCUAUAACCAAGCGCACAGCGCAAUAUUUGACUGACACUGUAUUGGCUGCUCUUAAAGACUUGGAUAUUCCAAUAAAGGAUUAUCGAGGUCAAAGCUACGAUAAUUCAAAUUCAAAUUCAUAUUCGAAAAUGUUAUAUUACAAUUCAAUUCAAUUCAAUUUAUUAAUUCCUUUUUUGAUUACAUAG